CUACAGACAAGAGCAUUGCAGAUCUUGCAGAUCUAAGAGUUCCUAAGUGAGUCAAGAAAAAAUUCUCAAGAUGAAAUUCAUCGUGCUGGCUGUUCUCUGCGUGGUUGCAUACGCUGCUGCCCAAGCUGAACCUGACGCUGUUGAGGAAUACUAUGGCUCGCCUCGUUUCCGACGAGAUGACGGCAGAGGAUCUGUGGGCAUUAGGGUAGAGAAACCCUUGAGCGGACCGGAGCGUCGCCCGUCUUUAGACGUCGACUACAAUCAUCGCAUAUACGACAAAAACGGAUGGAACGCAAACGCGUUCGGUGGAGCGAACAUUCGUCCAGGACAGUCUGCUCAGCCGCACGUCGGCCUGAAUUUCGAGCGUAACUUCAGAAACGGGUUCAUUGGUGGGUCUGGCCAGGCUCAACGGCUUCCUGGUGGCAGAAUAUCGCCUGGUUUCGGUGUGCACGGUGGGUUCAGAUUCAGGCGCGACGUGAAUGACGUCGAGUCGGAGGAAAUGGGAUAUUAAGAUCAUGGCGAGGUGCGCGAUUGACGAACUGGACUGCGGGCUUUCAUCGAAAUCUUCGUUACUC